CCUGUCCCUCGCGUGCCUUCCUCUCCGUCUCGCCGGGCCUGCAGCAGGAGCGAUGUCGGCGUACGGCCUCCAUGCGCCGCACCUGGCGCCGAGCGGCUGCGCCUUCGCCGUCGCGCUGCGCCUGACGCCGCAUGAUGCCAGCCCGCACCGCGGCCGCCUCGCCGCUCACCUCGUCACGGCGCGCGACGACUGCGUCACGGUGUGGGAGGUGCGGCUGCUCGAGGAAGCGACUCGCCUGUACUGCGUGCGCUCCCACCGCCUCUUCGGCAACGCGACCGGACUCGCGCGGGUGCAGCUGGAGGCCAAAGAGGGGCAGGAUGAGCGAGAGCGUGUGCUGGUCUCGUUCAAAGAUGCAAAGAUGUCGCUCUUGGAGUGGUCCGAUGCUGCUGGAGAUCUGCAGACCGUGUCAAUCCACACAUACGAGCGAGCGCCCCAGCUGUCCUCCGGUCUGCCGCCGAACUUCCGAGCUGUGCUGGCGGGGGAUCCGGCCUCGCGCUGUGCCGCACUACUGCUGCCCGGCGAUGCGAUUGCCGUGCUGCCCUUCUUCCAAGACGAGGCGGAGCUCGAGAUGAUGGACGAGCUGUCGGGUGCGUCCGGACUGCACGCCGGGGAUAUGGGCCGUUCGCUGCCGUAUGCCCCGUCCUUCGUCCUGCCUUUGCGCGAUGUGGACGCGAGCAUACGCAACGUGCGCGACGUCGUGUUCCUGCCUGACUUCCAGCGCCCGACGCUGGCGGUCCUGUUCUCCUCGGAGCAGACGUGGACCGGACGCCUGAACGAGCACCGCGAUGUCUGCUCCGUGUACCUCAUGACGCUGGACCUGACUAUCUCGUCGACGCAUCCGCUCAUCUCGACGCGAAGCAGCCUGCCAUACAACUGCCUCUACCUCACGGCGUGCCCCGCCUACAUCGGCGGCGGUGUGCUGGUGGCUACGCCCACAGCGCUGUUCCACGUCGAUCAGGGCGGCAAGGUCGUCGGCCUGGCGCUCGGCGAGUGGCACGCCAUGACGUCGGACCUCUCGCUGCCGCUGCGGCCAGCAGAAGGCCGUGAUGUCACUCGCGGCCCCCUCAAUCUCAACGGCUCGCACAUCGUCUUUCCGCCGGCGCAAGAUCGUGCCACGUCGGCGCUGCUUUUUGCGCGCGACGGCGAGGUGUACGCGGUCGUCUUUGAGCUGGACGGCCGGUCGCUCUCCAAGCUCUCGCUCGAGCUACGCUCCACGACGGUGCCGCCUGCGCAGGCUCUUACACUGCCCGACAGCAGCCUGGUCUUUGUGGGCAGCAUGGUCGGGCACUCCGAGCUUCUGCGCAUGGAAAGCCGGCUGAAGGUCAAGGGCGAGGGCGAUGCGGACAUCAAGCCGGAUGCCGCUGCCCAGGCCAUGGAGCUCGACAUUGACGAUGACCUCUACGGCGACUCCGGCGCGGGCGCGUCUGCGAACGGCCACAGCCUGGCAGCUGCAGAGACGGAGAUGCAUCUGUUGGCGUGCGCCCGGAUGCCCGGCCUUGGUCCUGUUCUCGACGUGACGGCCGCUGUCAUGCCCGGCGAGGACGCCGUCGAAGCGCGUGCGGCCCAGACCGCUGCGUGUACAGGCGCUGCGCCAACCGGCGGCCUGACCUUGUUCGAGCCGAAGCUGCUGCCCCGCAAGCGGCAUCGCCUGGCCCUCGAUGCUGCGAGCGGUAUCUGGGUGCUUCCACAGCAGCGCCCCGACGCCCACUCUCUUGCUCUUGCCUCGAGCGACACGUCGACCACGCUUUUUAGCCUGUCCGCCGACGGGGACGUGUCGAUUGUGGCAACGCUCGCCGAGCGGACCAUCAACGCGACAGCACUCGCACCGCGCGGAGCGGAGACCGCAGCCUUCUUCGCGCGGGCUGUGCCUCAAGGCCUGGAGGUGCUCACCGCAAACGGCGACGUGCUUCAGGCUGUGUCGGUGUCUGGCAAGGGCAAGGCGCCCAGCAGCGAUGCCGGCGAGGACGCCGAGGUGUACCAGGCGCACCUGAACGAGACACAUGCCGCUAUCGUCCGCAAUGAGGGGCAGCUGCAGCUUCAUGCGUACGACGAGGCUUCUGAGCGCUUCAGUCGUGUUGCUCUCCCUCAAGAGCUGCACCGGGCGCGCUACUCAUCUGCCAGCCUCUUUGAAGAUCGCCACGGCUACUUCCGCUGGGCGAAGGCCUCGACGUCUGCUGCGCCAACGGCGCGUAGAGCUGACGCGGCGACGGCGUCGAAAGCCUCUCGCAUGGACGAGCUGGACGAAGAGAUCGACUACGGAGACGACGACAUGCCCGCCGUGGCGACCGAGCCGGCUCUCGACCAACAAGACCCGCUGCGGAACGGCACCAAUGGCCACGCGGCUGCACCUCGUGCUCACGCUGGCAGCUGGCUGGUCCUCGUGACUGCGGACGGUGUCGUCGAGAUUCGCGCUCUGACAGACCUCGCUUUGGCUUGGUGCUCGAACUCGCUGUCGGCGUUGCCGCAACGGCUCGACUAUACGCCGCAGACGGGCUCGGCAUCAGCAGAGUCCGGACUGUACGUCGUGCAGGCGUGCAUGUGUGUCAUCGGCGACGCGCCGCAUCUCGCGGUUUCGUUCGAGAACGGCCUGGUCACCGUGUACGAGGCGGUUCCAUUCGCGCCGCAAGGCGACGAAGCCUCGGCGGCGCCCGAGACUGAGACUGCGCCGCGGCUCUCUCUCUCAUUCGUAAAGGUCCUCGGGCGGCAAUUGUCGACCACGGACGUGGCCGGACCGGCGUCGGAGGACGAGGUGGCGACGCUCGCUGCCACGCUCACGCCGUUCGUCGGCCUUGGCGAGCUGAGUGGAGUGUUCCUGGGCGGCGAGCAGUCCGGCUGGGUGUUCAAGGAUCCCGCCGGCCCCUUGCGCUUCCGCGAGAGCGCAGAAGGCGGCAUCGACGUGUGCAUACCGCUGCGCUGUCCGCGCACACCUCUCCGCUUCCUCUUCAGCCAAUACGGCACGAUCUGCACCGCAGAGCUGCCCGAUCUUUCCUUCGACCUCGACGUGCCGUACAGGCACCUGCCGAGCCCACGGACAUACACGCAUCUCGCAGCACAUCCCGUCACACGGACUCUGGUCGCCGCAUCCGAGUCCCCGCAGCGCUUCAAUCUGUUCGACCCGGAGGAGGGCACGGUCGUGCAGGAUCCCGCUCUCGAUCCAAGCCCGGCCUACACGGCCCGAGGUGCACUAGAGCUCUUUGUGGACAGCACAGGUGCUCCUGUGGACGGCUACGAGUUUGACCAGUGCGAGUUUGCCUGCUGCGUCGAGCUCGUCACACUGGCGUCUGUCAGCACACUCGAGCGCACGCGCGACUACAUCGCCGUCGGCACAAUGACUGCGCACGGAGAGGACCGCCCCUCCAAUGGCGUGAUCUACAUCUUCGACGUCGUCGAGGUCGUGGCGAACCCCGAAGACCCGGCGGCGCGCUACCGUCUGCGACUCGUGUUCAAGGAGAAGCUCAAGGCGCCGAUCACCACAAUUACAGACAUCAAUGGCUUCCUCGUCGUCACCAUGGGCCAGAAGCUCUUUGUGCGCUCACUCGAGAACGACGAAUGGCUGAUCACCAUUGCCUUCCUGGACAUUCCCUACCAGACGACGAUGAUUCGGCGCAUCAACAACUUCCUGCUGCUGAGCGACGUGCGCAAGUCGACGUGGUUCGUCGCCUUCCAGGAGUCUCCAUACCGGCUCGUCGUGCUUGGCAAGGACUUUGUGGACACGUCUGCGGCGACGGGCGAUUACCUGGUCGACGGCGCGAAUCUGGGCAUCGUCUCGACCUCCACCGAGCGCGUGAUGCGCCUCUUUGACUAUGCACCGAAUGUGCCUGCGAGCCAGGGCGGGCUGAAGCUCAUGCUGCGGGCGGAGUACCAGCUCGCAGCGGAGCCCAGCUGCACGCUCAUGAUACCCGGUGCCGCGCCGGAGGGUGGCUUCUCGCAGCAGUCCGAGAUCGUCUAUGGCAUGCGCAAUGGCUCCAUCGACACGCUUGUGCCUGUCGAGCAGGGCGCAUUCCAGCGACUGCAGCUGCUGCAGACGCAGCUGGUGCGCAAUGUCCAGCAUGUUGCCGGCCUCAAUCCUCGCGCAUACCGCGCCGUACGCAAUGACCACGUCUCUCGGCCACUCAUGAAGGGAAUCCUCGACGGCAUGCUGCUCUCGACGUUUGAGAGCCUGCCUCGGCCCAAGAUGAUCGAGCUCGUCGACGCGCUGCAGGGCGCCAUGGGCGAGAGCGGGGCAGACCAGGCACUGCGGGACAUUGCCUCGCUGCGCAGCCACUGGGGACAGGCCAUCGGGUGAAGACAAUCCAUGUCACUGCCAUUUGUACGAUG